GUCCGCCGCUGGGCAGAGGCGGGGUCCGCUCCGAGCGGCCGUGCUGGCCAGCGGGCGGGAAGGCUGCGUACAGCCACCGACAUGAGCGGAGAAGCGCGAAUUUGCAGCGGCUACUCCAACGUGAGGGAGCAGCUGGUAGCAAGUUUCAAGUGUCCGAGGACGACGGACGGCGGGGACGAGGCUUACUGCUGCGGCUUUUCCGAUUUCAAGUACUGCUGCAAUGAGGCUGGCAACUACUUUCCCUACCCGCACGGCUACAUGUGGUCGCUGAGUAUAGGCGCAAUGGUAGGAUUAGGAGUUGCUGCCCUUCUUCUACUGAUAUUUAUCUUCACUGUCUUUGUGAUGUGCUGCUUAUAUCUCUACAAUAAACCUCAACCAUUAGAUUCAGGCCUCAAGCUUCAAAACCUUGCCACAUCUCCAAAGCAGACGGGGGAAAAGGAAAACAAACAAAGAAGUUUGGAAACAACGCUGCAUCCUUCACCAUCAGAAACCCCGCCACCCAUCACAAACAGAAUUGGUGAAGAGGCACUGGUAGCCACAACAGUAGAAAUUGCAGCAAUCAAACUCUCCCAAGUUUGUUAAGUAAAUUUUGCAAGUUCUGUUUUAAAUUUAAAUGUUAGCAGCACUUCAUUGAGAAAUAAAUACAAAGGUCAGCAUAAUCUAUAUUCUCUAUACAAAAAAUGAUUACUGUGACAAGUAUAUGAAAUCUAUGUAGUAGUAACAAAAAUAUAUAAUCUCUUAAUGAUGUUUCUUUAAUGUUCUGUGACAAGCUUAAAAAUAAAAAGAUUUGAAGAAAAUAGUAUAAAUCAGCACCCAUGGAGUAAAAGAAUGCUUAAUUCAUAGUGAUGGAGAUGUCACUGGUCAAAAUCAUUUAUUUUUUAUAAGAUUUUGCUAUAAAUCCUCUAACAUAUUCCUUUAAUUGUAUUAGGAAAUAAAAUUCUGCAAUAGCGUUAUGCUCUAGAUAGAUCAAACUGAAAAAUAGUUAUCAACUUAUUUUUUGAUUUGUACAAACUAGCCACAACUGUGAAAAAUUCUUAAUAUAAGGAUGAAAAACUAAAAGGAGAAAAAAUAAGAGCUGCCCUACAAAUGGUACAUUAUGUAUCAGCAUAACGCUCUACUCCUUCUCCCUCCUUGCUCAUUCUAUCUCCUCUUAAAUAUAUCGCUGCCGUUAAUCAACUUUUCCCUGUAGUAACAUGUUCUGUAUUGCUAAUUUGGUUAAAGAGUUCUUCUGAUUUACCUAUUGGAUUUCAAGAUGAUUAUCUUAAAUAUACUAUAUGACCUCUACUUGUGUUAUUCCUCAUUCUCACAUAUCCAGUUUCAAACCUUUCAUAAUAUAAAAGACCUCUCUUUGGUCAUCUCCUAGCUGCCUUUUUUCACGAGCACAAAGAUCCUGUGAAUUCAUUUUUUUCUCCAAAAUGUACUUCAUUCCCGAUACAGUUUUUCCAGUGAAUAUUUCCAGUAUCAGUGCAAAAUGCAAGUGAUUCUGCAGAUACUGGAAAUCCAGAGCAACACACUCAAAAGUGCUGGAGGAACUCAGCAGGUCAGGCAGCACUUAAUGGAAGCAAAUGAACAGUCCACCUUUUUGGGCUGUGACCAUUCACCAGCUGACUAUUAAUUUCCCUCCAUAAAUGCUGGCUGAUCAGCAGAAUUCCUCCAGCACUUUGUGUGUGUUGCACAGUGAGAAAUUUGAGAGGCUUUUAUAGAGUGCACAGUUCCUUAGUGUUCAUUGGUGGCAGGAGCUUAGACUCUGUCUCAUCCCCCCAAGAAUCCUUUGUGCUUGCUGUAUGGAGCAUCAAUUCCCCCCUCCAAGUUUUUCUGCACAAUAGAAUGAACCAAUCAGAAACAUUUAUUUACAGUCAACUUUCACUGGACA